CGUGUUGAAUUAUUGAUGAAGAGAAAAUUAUCAUUCCAAGGCUUAAACAUUCUAAAUCGUUUUUCGUCAUCUUGGAUUUAGGUGUCAAAGAAAAUUUUGAGCUCUAGAAACCGUCGAAGCAAAGAGUAUGGAGCAAAGUAAUUUCCGUGUCUUGAUCCUGCUUUUAACAAUCGGAUCGAUUAUCUCUAUCAUUCUAAGUAUUUCCGGCAAUCACUGGAUUAAAGUUACAAAUUACACUGCCGGUUUGUGGAAGAAAUGUGAACACGGAAAGGAAUGUAUUGAUCUCGAACAGUUUUGGCUACCUGCUGUUCGUGUUGUCAUGGUCACUGGUCUAGGUUUGCUUUGUUCGGCUGUCUUGUAUUAUGCUGCCAUGGUUUUUAAGCCAAGAUCGUUUGGAUCACUUUGUAUGAGCGUGUUCUUGGGGUUGGCAAGUGCUUGUGUUCUGAUUGGUUUAUCAGUAUAUUUGUAUUUUGAUAUGGAUACCUUCACAAACAGCUUCCAAUAUCACUGGUCGUUUUUCAUGGGAUGGUUGAGUUUUGUUCUUGCUCUCAUUGCCACUACAAUGUCGUGUUAUGACGCUCGAAAGAAUGUGAAACCAUUCGAAAAUGCCGUGCGACUAGAAUAAACAAUCGCGCGUCCAUAUUUAAGUAGCAGCACAAGAACGCGAUGUGUCAGGCAAACACUUUCCAGAAAACUAUAUUUAAGUUUUUUUUGCACUUAAUAUACUAUACACCAACCAACACCAAACCCCAUUAUUUAACUUUUUGGUUAUUUUUUUUGUAUUACGAUAAAUGUAUUACGAUACUCAAA